AUGUUGGAAGGAAAAGCACUUAUAGAGGAUACAGACAUGCCUAUGAAGAUGCAAACCCAAGCCAUGACUUCUGCUUCUCAGGCUUUGGAUCUCUACGAUGUCCUAGACUGCAAAUCCAUUGCUGCCCACAUCAAAAAGGAAUUUGACCUGAGAUAUGGAGGGGGUUGGCAAUGUGUAGUGGGUUCAAAUUUCGGUUGUUUUUUCACCCAUUCUAAAGGGACUUUCAUCUACUUUACAUUGGAGACACUCAAUUUCCUGAUCUUCAAAGGAGCUUCUUCUCCUUGA